GUAUUCCUGCUUAAAGUUAUGAAAGAAAAUUAUUUUCGGGCUAUUACGCAUAGUUACGAAUUUAUCACAAGACUCAGUGGAAAGCAAUCACUUUCCCUUGGAUCAGGAUGCAUUCAGAAGGGAAUUAUUAUCCACGAGUUAAUGCACGCCGUCGGCUUUUUUCACGAGCAGAGUAGAACCGACAGAGAUGACUAUAUCACAAUCUUGUGGAACAAUAUUCUGCCAGGAAUGAAGGGACAAUUUGAGAAGUAUGGUCAUGGUAUGAUUCAAUCUCUUGGUACUACCUAUGAUUACUCUUCCAUAAUGCAUUACGGUGAGAAGGCGUUCUCACGCAACGGUCAGCCAACGAUGGUUCCAAAGAAGAAAGGAGCCCAGAUAGGUCAACGAGUAGGAUUCUCGAAGACGGAUAUUUACAAAAUAAACAAACUCUACGGUUGUCCUCUGGACGGAGAGAAGCCUGAAACGACAGUCACCGAAACGACAGAUGCGCCAGUUACAGAGACUGCAGCAACAACCACAUUACCAAGGAUUCUCACUACCUCUUCUCCUCCUAUGCCGCUCAUCCCGUUCAUAAAAAUCUGCAAAAAUCUGCGAGGGGACUGCGACGACCUUCGGAUUGAAGGGUGGUGCGAACGGAACCCAGGCUGGAUGCGAACACACUGCCCCGCUUCCUGUGGAUUUUGCGAGAAAUUAUCCAGUGGGCGAAUAAUGAAUUUUGCAUAUAAAACCGUAAUAAAUUUUUCUAUUGAUGCUUUAGCACCUGGAACAACUCUCAUUCCAUCACCAGUCACGAUUUCUCCGUCGAAUACCUGCGAAGACCUUAGAGUUGACUGCAUUCUGCUUGUUUCUCAGCGGUACUGCAAAAUGUCAAAAACGUUCAUGAAAUCCUUCUGUGCAAAAAGCUGUGGAUUCUGCUACAAGCCACCACCAGUGGAGGUCCAACCACCAACUGACGGUACAUAUGCACCACUCAUUAGUGUGUGGGGAACAUCUGCAAGGUUUUCUGCUCAACCUACAUGCACUAGUGAUACGAUCUCUGCGACGCUGACAACUACAACACUGCCAUCUCGAACGACCUCUAUCUCGUGCAAGGAUCACAAACAUUUUUGUGUACACUGGAAGGAGGCCGGGUUCUGUGAGGGAAUCUUUAUGAACUACAUGAAGAAAAAUUGCGCCGCAUCCUGUGAAAUGUGCUGA